AUGUCGAACCCCCGCUUGGGAAAAUGGUUUCCCUUCAAGAAGGACCCGAAACGGACUCCACCUGAAGAGACAGCCACACAAGGCCUGAAUAUCACUACCGCUCCUCCAUCUGCUACUGCUGAAAUAGUGUGGUCCCCCAUCGAAAUUACUGAUCCAUCACAAACUGCAACGGACCUGGACAGAAGGCCCUCUCUGGCCGAGACUUUCCGAGCAGGCUCAACAUUCGGAAUCCCCUCGCGGAAUCACUCAGUGUCCACCGAUAGACGCAACGACCCCCUUGGACUGACUGUUGUCUAUGAACCAGAGACAUCUCCUUCUCUCGAUAUCAUUUUUGUUCAUGGUCUAGGCGGUACUAGCCGAGCUACGUGGGCACGAGGUCGAGAUCCACAGUACUUCUGGCCGGAGAAAUGGCUUCCACUCGAGCCAGGAAUUCAAAUGGCAAGAAUACUGUCCUUUGGUUACAACGCAAGCUGGGCUUCCACCGGCUCGGCUCCCAUAACGGGAAUAACAGACUUUGCGAAAGACCUGUUGUAUUCGAUGAAAUUUGCCAAGGGCGAAAAAUUGGAAGAACUCGAGCUGGGCAAGAGACCCAUUAUCUUCAUUGUCCAUUCCAUGGGGGGGCUUGUCGUUAAGCAGGCGUAUAUUCUUGGCCAAAACGACGAUCAAUAUUCCGACAUUGUGUCAUCGAUCAGUGCUAUGCUGUUCUUGGCGACUCCACAUCGCGGAUCUAAUCUGGCAGAUAUCUUAAACAAGAUUCUGACGGUGUCGCUGUUCAAUCAUAGUCCCAAAUUAUACAUAUCCGAGCUGAGUGUCGGGUCACAGACUGUAGCAGCUCUGAACGAGCAAUUCCGUCACUUUGCCCCGAACCUGGACAUACUUUCAUUCUAUGAGACUCUACAGACCUCAAUUGGCCCGAAAAAAAUGAUGGUGGUUGAGAAAGAAUCAGCCACUCUCGGAUACCCGAAGGAGAUCUCCAAAGCUUUGGUUGCCGAUCACCAUACAGUCUGCAAGUUCGAUAGCAUUCAGGACUCCAAUUACAUCAGCGUUAGGAACGCCUUGAAAACCUUGGUCUCAUCUAUUCGUUCGGCAGGGCAAUCUUUGUUUGGAGAACAGGGGAAAACACAGCUUGAACACUUGCAGACUCUGUUAGCAGUGCCAGAAACCUUUCACGAUGACCUCGAAUUCUUUCAUUCCAGGUGGACUUCUGGGACCUGCGACUGGAUUAUCUUUCAUCCAUCCUUCAUUCAUUGGAUGGAUGAAGCUGAGGAUGCCCCAACCAUGCUGUGGUUACACGCGUUGCCAGCGAGUGGGAAAUCUGUCUUAUCGGCAUUUGUUACACAUAAGCUCCUAGAAGAGUCCAUUUGUGUGUACUAUUUCUUUCGGUUCAGUGACGAGUCCAAGCGCUCGCUGAGUGCUUGCUUAAGGAGCAUUGCUUUUCAGCUUGCAAAGCAGAUUCCCGCAUUUUGCCGCGCAUUGAAAAACAUCCCAUUUGCUACAAAGACGUUGGAAAAAACGGACUUCAAGGCCAUCUGGGAGAGAAUAUUUGUUCAACUGCUGUUCAAGAUGAGAUUUUCUACAACAAUCUACUGUGUUAUCGAUGCACUGGAUGAAUCCGACAACCCACAGAAGCUGGUGGAAUUAAUGCAGAGUGUAUCGGAUUCAUUAACUCGUAUCAAGGUGAUCCUUGUUAGUCGGCAAACACCGGGGCUCAUCACAACAUUUGACCGGUUGUCGACUGUGCUCUCGGUCGCAUAUUUACCCCUGGAGAGUACCAAAAGAGACAUACGGCUGUAUGUCGAACGGGAAGUAGAAUACUUGCGUGCUGCCCCCGAAUUCAAAGCGCGGCUGGUGGACAAAAUGGUGAAAUGCGCGAGCGGUAAUUUCCUAUGGACCAGCCUUGCAAUGCGUGAGGUGGCGGAGUGCAAUACAGAAGAGGAUGUCGACGAAACGCUGGGUGGCAUCCCGGGGGGUAUGGAGCAACUGUACCAACGCAUGGAACGCACAAUCAUUUCAAACACAAAACCACGAGAUCGGAAACUGGGACAGAGGAUUUUGAUGUGGGCAACAUGCUCCCGGCGCCCGCUAUCCCUCAGUGAAUUGGCACAGGCGCUGGAGCCGGACUUUUUGCCGAUGGUGGAGAUGAGUCUCCUCAUCAACCGUGUUUGUGGGCAGUUCGUCAUCGUUGACGCUGCUACUGAUCGACUAGUGAUGGUCCAUCAGACCGCGAGAGAUCAUAUAGUGGCGACAGACUCGGAACUAGGAGUCAAUUUAGCCGAAGGUCAUGAGAGGUUGUUCAACAAGUGCCUGUCUGUCUUGGAGGACAAGCACCGCCAACCUCGAGAUCUCCAUCUUUUGCCCGGGAAUCUGAAGGAAAGUCUGAAAGGAGAAUUUUUCUACUAUGCAAUGACAUCGUGGGCAUACCAUCUGGAUAAAGUAUCCGCUGAUUCAGACGCACCAUUACUCCUUUUGGCCAAAUUCCUCAAGGGCAAUCACGUAUUAGACUGGAUUGUGGCACUGGCUCAAACAAGGAAACUACGGGUUCUUGUUUCUUCUGCAAAGAGCAUGAGCCUAUACGCCCGCCGGAAACGAGGUCGCAAUUCUGUGACACACCCAAUGGUUCAUCGGCUUCAAGAACUCGACUUGGUGGAAUCAUGGGCGACAGACUUGCUCAAACUCAUUGGAAAGUUCGGGCUGCAUCUGACUGAGACCCCCACCUCUAUUUACCAGCAAAUCCCGCCAUUCUGCCCUAAAGGCUCGAUGAUAUAUCGACAAUUCAAGCAAUUUGCUCCCCGUCCACAUUCCCUGGCGGUCAAGGGGCUAUCAAAGUCUACGUGGGAUGAUGGCCUAGCCAAGAUCUCUCUCCAACCCGCGACCCAGGGUCUCAUAAUUGGUUGUGCGGGAGACCAUUUUGCCGUGCUAACCGGCCGAGGAGUAAUUACUUUGUACAAUUCUACGACUUUCGAGACUAAGCAUGUGCUCAAACAUGCGGAGGAGGUUUCCGCAAUGAGUUUCAGUCGUGGGUCCCAUCUUCUUGUGACAUACGGCUACCGGACAACAAAGGUGUGGUCUGUCAAUUCAGGAGAAGUCAUGCACCGGAUCCAAAAUCCCAUCGGUAGCAUGGCCUUGGCCAUGGUAUUCUCCGCCGGAGAUACCGAGAUUGUCAUCGGGUCAGCGGAUCGACUCCUCAGAGUUGCCCGGUUGACAGACCCAGUUCCCACUUGGUCGAUAUUGCAUCGCAGCCUUCUGACAAUGGACACGGCUCUGGAUAGACCUGUGCACAAUGUACCUUGGCGUAUGUCAUUUAAUGCUGACGCGACCUGUGUGGCUGUCGCUUAUCGCGGUUCUCCUCUAUGUGUCUGGUCCAUGGAGAAUGCUACACUCCUGGGACGAUGUAUGCGCAGUCAUGAAUAUGCAGGAAAUUCCUGGUCGGUUGUAGAUCAAAUGAUCUGGCAUCCGAAAUCCCAGGAGAUUCUCGGUUUGUACGGUGGAGGGCAAGUGUUCAGAUGGAAUCCGUACACGAACAGCCAGCAGGAACUGGAAGCCGAGGGGGCAAUUCUUGCAUGCAGUCCUGAGGGCAAGUUUUUUACAAUAGGCGACAGCCAGGGCACGAUAAAGCUGUAUAGCUUUCAUCAUUUCACCAUGAUCUACAAACUCUCCUGCGAUCAGAUGAUAACCGAUAUCUGCUUCAGUCCAGACAGCAAACGAUUAUAUGACCUCCGUGGCCCAUGGUGCAACGUUUGGGAGCCAAAUGCAUUACUUGCAGGAGAUGAGAGCAGUGAUGAUAGUGAUCUUGGGAGCGAGGCGUCCAGCAUUCCAACGGCCAUUGCUUCCGAAGCUUCUGCAGAAGUACGAGCGCAGAUAACCGCAAUUGCUGUUGUAUUCAGGGGGCGCUACCAUGCUGUUGGGAAUGAAGCUGGAGUUGUCAGCAUAAUAGACAGCUCAGAUGGCAAGCAUGCGACAUCUGAGCUCUGGAGAUCAUCUUUGGAGCUACCAAUCGCACAUCUAGAUUGGUCUUCAGAUGGAAGAUUCCUAGCCAGUGUGGAGAUGGCAGGGAGGGUUGUCGUGAAAGAGAUUCAUACAGGUAGCGACGGAGCCUGGGCUGCUAACCAAGUAUUUAAGGCGACAAUUGAUGUUAGUUCUGAAGGUGUUCAACAAGUCCUGCUGAAUGGCAAUGGGGCAAUUGUUUUGGUCAAAAAUGGGUCUUCAGUCACCGUUCAACCGGUGAUGUCGACUCGAUCCAACAGAGAGCCUUUCACUAUAACAUCGCCAAAUACCAAGUGGGUCAAACAUCCAACAGACUCAAAACUAUUAUUGGCUUUCAGUCCCAGCCAGGUUCGUGUGUAUAACUGGAAUGAUCUUUCUGAAAUUGCUGUCAUGGAUCUGGAGAGAACCCCAUUACUCUCGGAUAUAGAUAGAGCGGUCACUCCAGAUACCGUCGAAGACCACUUGCAAAAUGAAGAAACCACCGAAAUCCAGCGCAUCUGCCACACUUGCUCAGACUCUCACUUACUCGUCCACACGACCAACGGUCGUAGAGAAACCGUCACAUUGCUGUUUCAAGCAUCUUCUCUGUCCCAAUUCCCAACCGCGCCAACUAUAUCUCCUUCCAUCGAAACGCCCAUGACCAUCCCGAGCGAAAUUCAGCGCCAGAUUGAAAUCCCGCUUGGAAUACUCUCCCAUCAACGCCUUGUGUUCCUUGACAAAAGCCACUGGGUAUGUUCUUGGAGUCUCGGUCCCAACUUCACCCCGGACCAGGUACAGCGACACUACUUCCUACCGAAAGAUUGGUUGAAUAUGGAAUGUUUGGAGUUAUGUCUCUUGCUUCCAAAUGGAGCGUUCUUGAUCCCGAAUAAUGGCGAGCUGGCUGAGGUUCGAAGCAUCGGGUUAUCUCAUGGGUGA